AAUAAAACACAACUGCGUUAAUUUGGUCAAAAAAGAAAACAUGAAAUUCAAUAUUUUUCUCAUCGGUUUAAUUUGGGCAAUAGUACAAGUCAAGGCCGAUAUGGAAGACGAGCUGGAUGAAGUGGAUAUGGCCUGUCGUGAGGAAACCCAGGUCAGCGAGGACGAAUUAAAUAGUUUCUUUGAAAAUUAUGAAAAACAACCUCAAGAGUCUAUAAUGUGUUUCUUAAAAUGUUAUAUGGAAAAAAAGGGUUACUUGAAAAAUGGCGUCAUUGAUGAAACUGCUGCUAAAGAGUUUCUACUAAGCAUACCUGAGUUUAAAGACCAAGAGGAGGCUAUAAACAAAUCUAUAGAUGAUUGUAAAAACGAAAAGGGUUCGUCAGAAUGUGAAACUGCCUAUUUGAUUACAAAAUGCAUGACCGAGCAUGAAGCUAUGAUCAAGUAAAGUUCACCAAUUUAAAUAAGAAGAUUUUUCAAUAAAAUGUAAUAACUGUUUAUACUACA